CGCUGUGGGGGAGCGUGUGGGGUCGGGGCCGCUGGGGUGGCGAUGGCCGUCCGGCGCCAUAUUUAAGAGGCGGUGACGGGAGAGAGAGGGGGAAGGAGGAGGUGUCUGAGAGGGAGAGUGCGAGGCGGUGACCAUGAGCGGCGGGACGCCGUAUAUCGGCAGUAAGAUCAGUCUGAUCUCCAAGGCGCAGAUCCGCUAUGAGGGAAUCCUGUACACCAUCGACACGGACAACUCCACCGUGGCCCUGGCCAAGGUGAGGUCAUUUGGAACAGAAGACCGGCCUACAGAUAGGCCUUUUGCCCCAAAAGAUGAGAUCUAUGAAUACAUUAUCUUUCGUGGUAGUGAUAUCAAAGAUAUUACUGUGUGUGAACCCCCAAAACCUCAACAUACUUUACCUCAGGAUCCUGCUAUUGUACAGUCUUCAUUGAGUGAUUCGUCAACGACUUCAUUUCAGCCUCCUGCUUCGUACAGCACAUUCCAUAGUAUGAAUCCGUACAGUCAGUUUGCUGGAAGAUCUCUAGUUGGACAGCAAUAUGGUGGCUCUGUGGGUUUAGGAUGCUCAGCACCCUCCCAAAUCACAACAGUUUCUCACUCCAGCACUGAUAGUCCUUCCUCACCACAGCCAGCCUGCACAGAGCGUGAAAAACCAUCUGAUCCCGCAGCUUUGCAGAAAAACCAACUGACUUCUCAGGCAGCUUCUGGCUUUGCAUCUAUGCCUCAAAGGAAGAGUCCCAUGGUGGAGCAGGGUGUGCAGACCAGUCCUAUAGAUGGCAUUAAUCAGAAGAACCUGCAACAAGCCAAAGUAUUAGCCAAUACAAAUGAGCAAGCUGGACAGGAGCAAAGAAAAGACAUCCAGCAAACUGCAGGGCAGCGAGGUCAGGCUCAAGUGAAUGAUGAGAAUAAAAAGCCUCUUCCUCAGAGAAAGCGAUCAGGAAAUCGACGAGUUCGAAGCCGUGGAAGAGGGCAAAACUUCUCUGGAAACAUUAAAGAAGCAACAAUGAAAUUUGAAGGUGACUUUGAUUUUGAAAGUGCCAAUGCUCAGUUUAACAAAGAGGAAUUUGAAAAGGAGUUUCAGAACAAGCUCAAGAUAAAUGAUGACAAAGUACAAAAAGUAGAUGGAGGUGAACCCGAAGAAAAAGUGGAUUUGAGUGUUGAGCUGCAGACAAGUGUCGAAAGUAAAGAUGAAGAACCUCUUGGAACUAAUUGUUACUAUGACAAAACAAAAUCCUUCUUUGAUAAUAUUUCUACUGAGCCAAAGACGAGGCGGACAUGGGCUGAAGAAAGAAAGCUGAACACAGAGACCUUUGGUAUCUCGGCCAGGUUUCUUCGUGGCCGUGGCUAUCGUGGAGGUUUCCGUGGUGGAAGGGGCCGUGGAGGGGGGAGAAGAACCUCUUCAAUGCCACGAAAUGGUGGUGGCAGCAGGGUUUAGGAAUAAAGAAACCUACAGGCCAUUGCUGAGACGAGCUGGACUUUUGGCUUUGUGUAAACUAAAGGAAUUGGCACUACAGAUGCUAGUUGUGAACCAUCGGGCAUUAAUUUUGUUUACGUGCACCCAAAGGAGUAAAGGUUGAACUAGUUUUUAAAGUGCUGCUCCUGAAAUGUCAAUUAAGGUUUCAUAUUGAAAAUGGAAGCUUUGAACUCCUUUUGGGGGUGGAAAAAGGAGAAAGUACUUCCUUUAAUUUAGGUUAGUUAGCCUGCCUGCUGGUAACUGGUUAGUUUGUACACAGUUGUACAAAGAAAGCUUACAUUUAUUUUGAACAAAGCUUCCUUGUUCCAUCAGUUACUACUGUACAUACUCAGGAUUGCCACCAACCCUUUCUGUAAUAUUAUAAUGAUUCGGUUUUUUUUUUUUUAAAACUCCAACCACUUCAUGAUGAGGGCUAGCUACCCAAGACUGAAGGAAAAUAAAAUCUUAUUUAAAUUUGGAGUAUUACCACAAAACUAAAUAAAGCAAAGGAGCCUGGUGAACUGUUGCUAAAACCUUUAGCAUGAGCAAACCUUCAGUGCCUACUGGAUGCACUUGUAACUUGAUCGGUUCCAUCUCUCUGCUCAGCAAUGUAUUGUUAUGUAUAUGCUUGUGAUUGCAACAAAUGCACACUUUUUUGGUUCUUAUUAAGGCACUUUCCAACUGUCCGAUCAAACUUCAGGUGGUUGAAGUGGUUUCUCAGUUCUCCUUUUCGUGUUGGCACGAGCUAAAAAGGAUGGUUUUGUUUCAUUUUUGUAUUUAAAUAUAUACAAGUUGGAAAUUUGUUUGGGCGUACAUGCCAGCUUAGGAGGUGUAAAUAUUGUUUAAAUGGACUUCCUGAUAUUACAGCUUGUAAGAAGCUUCUCGUCUGCAGUCCCCCCCAGUGUACAAUGGGCUGUUGGAAGUCUCAAAGCUGACAUUGUAUUUCCCUUUUUUAAGGGGUACAUUUCAGAAGCUAUAAAUUCUUACCUAAAUUUUUGGUGUAUGUGCAUAAUUAUGGUUUAUCUUGUCUGGCAGACAUCUUCUUUAUGCAUGUGCUUGGCCUAAAUUUCUGUACAAAACUUGAGUUACAACUGUUUUUCUUCCUAAUAAAACCCCCCAAGUGUUUAAUAGAAUCCUGGGUGUGAGGUGUAUAAUCUAGAUAUUCACUGCAGUGUUCAGACUAAGGAUAAUGUUCAUUUUGAAAAAAGGGAAAUGUGGAAGACUUAAUUUUUUGAUCUCAUAUGGAAGUAUAGGACUGAAUGCAUCCCAUUAAGAUUAUAUGCAGUUCUUGUUUUGAAUAUGUUAAGGCACCUGCAAAUGUUUGAAUGUGUUGUAUAAAUUGUUUCACAAAAAAGCCACUUGUCUAUCUGGGAAAAAUCUGAUAGCUUAGGUAGAUUUCUACCUUCAGAGCAUGAACUUGGUAUGUACAAGCUUGUUCUUGUACAGUUUCAAAUGUUGAUCAAGAUCUUAUGUCAUGUCAAAGCCAUGGGAAUAGCAUUCGUGUAGCAAUAAAUAUGGGUCAAGUACACUUUGAACUGAGAUGGGGUAAGUGGUUCUCCCAUGGUUAAUAAAUGAGAAGCAAAGGUA